ACUAAUCGUCCGCUUGAGAAGCCCAAAUUCUGGCGUUAGCUAGCUACUCCUGUCCGGUUGUGUUGUAAUGGGAAUUUAUGUAGAACAAAACUGACUUGUUUUGCUAGCCGGUUAAUUGUAGAGUAUUUCUUUUUUUAUAUAUAUGUAGUUUUAGCACAUAUAACCGUGUGCAAACUAGCAGUAGUGCCUGACGCUAAUAACUCAGUGAAUUCACUUGGCUAGUUCCAGUAGCUCCCUUCAAACAGAUGAUAGCCAUGCCAGUGUGAGGUGUGAUUAUGGAUCCUGAGCAGCUUCUUUCAAGUGUGAAGAAGGAUGUCCGCUCUCUACUCAUCUCCUCCAAGCAGGGCCUUUCUCCAGAGCAGCUCAGGAAGGACUACCAGAACAUGCUGGGCCACCCCUUGCCCCUCAAGGGCCUUGGCUUCCGCUCUGUUUUGGACAUGGUCAAGGAAAUGCCUGAUGCCGUGCGCUUGGACUAUGCCCUCGAUGGCACUUUAGUGUUAAAAGCAAUUGGGGAUGAGACCACGAGAGGCAUCGAAGAGCUCGUCUCGAGACAGCGGAACCACAAGCACAAGCCCAAGUCAAAAAGUGGCAGCACGGGUUUGUUCUCAUCACGUUCCCUUCAUCACCAGCACUCAUUUGUCCUCCCUCGUAGAGGCCAUGCUCCCCCUGCUCUCCCUGCUCAGCUGCGCUCACAGCUCCGGCAGUUACUCACCCAUGGCCCCAUAGGGCUUUCUGAGCUGGAGAGGUGCUAUGCAGUCCGCUUCGGCAGGCCUCUCUAUGUGAUGCACUACGGCUUCUACUCCAUCGCUGAGAUGCUGGCUGCUGCCUCAGACAUGAUCGCAGUGAGGCAGACUCGCGUGGGGUCACAGUUGAUACUAAAGACUGAAAUCACACCAGUCAAACAGAUGCUCAAUAGUACUGCUGCUCUCCCUAAACAGUCUGCAGGAAUAUCCAGAGUGUCCCCUAGCUCAGUACUGCGAAAAACAGCAGUGCCCAGCAACAUCCAGCCUGAAGCCCAGCAGAACCCCAAAGAAGAAGCCAUCAGAGUACAGGAGAUUGAACCUGUCACUCUUGUAAUGCAAGAAAAGUCAUUUGAGAAGUCUGUUGCAAAGCUUGAGGAGGAGUUCAGGAAGAGGAUUAUUGAAAGUGGAGACGCAGGCACCGUCAGUCAGGAACUGAAGGAGAAGCUUCGAAAGGUUGUUGCUGAGCACAGUCAAGGCAUGGCCAUUCACAAUCUUCCUACAGAGUACAAGAAAAUGUAUGGUGAGGACUUGCCCCUGGUCCAGUGUGGCUUCCUGAGUGUGACUGAGAUGGUUGGAGCCCUCAGCGACACGUUCUAUGUGCAGCCAAGCACUGAAGAAGGAGCAAAGCACUUACUCAUCAUGGAGCUCAAAGCAAAUGAUCAGCCAGCCUUGUCUCUGAACCCUUCCACUGAGGGACACUACUUCAGCUGCAGUGAGACAGCCUGGGAGUGUCAGGGUGAUGGACGAGAGUCCAUGGAGUCUUUAGAGUCCAGCCCUGAGAUCGAAAUCACCAACAAGGUCAUCCAUCAGACGGUGGACAUUUUCCCAGUGACGGUUCUCAGCCCUGGCUCCACGGUUCCUCUAGAUGCACUGCGAUGCCAGAAGCUGAAACCUCCCACUCGUAGAAGAGACAGGGAGCUGGUGCCUGUUGUGGUGGAGAGGAUCGAGUCACCCAGCCACUUUUACAUCCGCUUUGAUGAAGACCAAGAGGCCCGCACCCUAGAGAACAUGAUGCUUGAAAUGAGGAGCUGUUAUUCCUGCCCAGAGCUGGCUGAACGCUACCGGCUCCCAGAUGCAUAUGUGCGACCUGGACAGGUGUGCUGUGUGGCCCCAGGAGACAUGUGGUUCUACCGGGUGGUGAUCCACCGGGUUCUCAGUGCCACAGAGGUGGAAGUGUACUACGUGGACUUUGGAGACCUUACAGUUGUCAGCAGAAACAGGCUGCAAUUCCUGAAGUCAUGCUAUGCUGAGCUUCCAGCACAAGCUGUUCCAUCUGUACUUGUUGGCGUGAAGCCAGUUAAGGGUAUUUGGUCUCAAGAAGCCACCAGCUUGUUCCAGAAGCUGUGCUAUGACCGCACCCUGGUGGCUGCUGUUCACAGCUACCAGUACGACUUCCUGCUGCUUUUCCUGUGUGACACUCACACUGAGGAGGACCUCUACAUCCAUAGUGCACUUCAGGCCGGGGGUCAUGCUGUAGCCUGCACUGCCGCUAACACGCUGGUAUUACCUCAGUUCAGCCCUGUGACUCUUUACCUCGGUGACGGCCAGCUGGAGGAAGUAAAGGAACAUUUUGCAGCAGAGACGACUUCUCUUAGUGUCACAAAUGGGCAAAACCUUACACAACAGCUUCAGCCAGAUGCCUCCACAGUACGCAGUCAGCUUUUGACAGAUGGUGUAGAGAAUCACCAGCAUAGCCAAGAAAUGGCUCUUCUGGAUCUUCCUGAACUGGAAUUCAUUGAUGUGGCUCAGGGUGAAAAUUCUAACCCAUUUGAGGCACUGCUGAAUAAAGAUCCAGCAAGCUUUGGUAGCUGGGAUCAGGGAUGGACGAACAAGGCCAGUGUAGAUAAGGAGUCCAAACCUCUCCAGAAUGGUCAAGAGGAGAGUGCAAAUACUGCAUUGCUGUCACCUGUUCCAUCUAUCAAACCGGACACAGAAUCACAGCCAGUUUUGGAGAGUAAACACACUCAGAAACCUGCAUCAACACUGCACGUGAUCAGUGAUCAAACUCCAGGCCUGAUCAGCAGUUGGAGCCACCACACAGACAUGUCUGCUGAAUUGUUCCAACCUCUGCCCUCCAGUCUGAUGUUUUCUAUGUUCAGCUCUGGAGACAGGCUGGCUCAGGAUGCUCUCUUUCUUCGCCACAUGUCCCCUCUCGCGCUGGGCCCCUCAGCCCGCAUGGCAGCCGGACCCAGCCUCCUCCAAUGGUACACAAACAAACAGGUUUAAACAAACCGACUGCCCCUACUGGUGUCUGCAUAUGCUGACCUGAACCAGCUACAGAUGAUUGUUGAGAGCUAUGCUGAGUUAUGCAGAUGUAGUUCUGAAAGUUUUCAGUGUUUGUAUUAUGUUGAAUGUAGUUUUACAUUUUUCUUUUAUAUGUUAUUUGCAACAUUUAAAAGCACACCCAGAUUGUAACAAACAAAUUAUGAAACAAUAUUGAGAGAGAAAUGGAAUAUUGUUUGUGAUUGAUAAAUUGUUUUAAACUAAUGGUGUGUCUCACAUAUUGAUUUGUUAUUAAUAUUAUUCUUGUUUUAUCAGGUAAAAUUCUGAAUUGAGGUUUUUGGUUUUUCAACCUACCCAUUUUAUCUGUUUUUUCUGUUUUAAGUAAAGUUGCAUGUUCAUUGUA